AUGUCGACCAUCAGCGAGUCUCAACAUGCCACGAAGUUUGACCCUCGUUCCACGGACAUCAUUGUGGCGGUAAUGGGGAUGACUGGCUCAGGCAAAAGCACAUUCAUCUCUCAUUGCAUGGGGGUGGAUCUCGGCAUUGUUGGCCACGGUCUCCAAGGAUACACACAAGCGGUUGACUUCUAUAUGAUCCCUCAUUCAGAGUCCGUCAACGUGUAUCUCGUCGACACACCCGGCUUUGACGACACCAACCUCACAGACAGCGAUGUGCUCAAGGCCAUCGGUACCUGGAUGGGUGAUGCGUACAAGAAAGACAUCAAGCUCAACGGCAUCAUAUACUUGCACCGGAUCACUGAUCCUCGUAUGGUAGGGUCAGCCAAGAAAAAUCUCUUCAUUUUCAAGAAGCUGUGUGGGCCAAAUGCUCUCAAAAAUGUCACUCUGGCCACCACGAUGUGGGAGGCUGUCUCGCAAUCAGAUGGCGAACGCCGAGAGCAUGAACUGCUUGCAACCCAAGAAUUCUGGGGUUUCAUGCGGUCAAACGGUGCCAAAGUGGAAAGACACUACAAUAACCGCGAGUCUGCCAUGCGAAUCCUCAGCAAAUUCUUCACAGAAGAACAAGUUGUCACUGCCAUGCAAGAGGAACUCGUGAAUGGUGGGAAGGAGUUGUUAGACACCCAAGCUGGCAUGGAGUUGAAUAGCGAGUAUCGCAAAGUGGAAGAGAAAUUGAAGAGGGAGUUGCAGAGUACAGUAGCGGAACUGAAGGAGGCACAGAAGAAAAAGGAUGACGAAAGUGCAGUGAUGAUAUUGGAAGAAUGCCGGAAACAGGUAGAGGACCAACUUACCCAUAUUUUGCAGGAACGGGAUCAACUUAAGGUUACACUGGCCAAGAUGAUCGCCACCAGCACCUUACCCAUUGUUCGCGCGCCAGGGAGCUUUGGUGAUACGGCCAGGAGGCCCAGCAACACUGGUAACGCAGACCAAGCAGAAGCAGGAAGGCCGGCAAGCCCAUACCUGGACCCGAGAGCAUCCGGUAUGUGGCAGGGCAUGGAAGUGCCCGCCAGAGGCAGAUCGCCAGCACCACCAUACCAGCCAGAUGAGCAACGUAUCCACAGAUGGUUAGUUUCGUAA